UUAUCUUUAAGCAUGAUGUAACAAAUCAUAUGUGAACAAGUCAUCUGGUGUACAGAUUAAGUUAUCAAACGACAAUUUAAGAAAUGAAAAGUUUAACUUUUACACUUGCGAGUGCAUUUGCGGCCUUGCUGCUUAAAGGGGUCAGCAGUAUAACCACACAAUGCUGUAUUUGUGACGAUUUGUCUUCCGACCCCGCCCAGCACUGUGAUGUAAAAGGGAUUUGUGAAAACAGUUACACAACCUGUCCAGAGUACUGUGAAACGACAAGACAUUUCGUGGGACACAAAUGGCUCACCACUAGAAACUGCGGCCAAGAAAAGACAUGCAUAGACCACUGGUACCACACGGUAAGCAGCCUUGGUUGCAUUGACAACACACGCGGGGAACCAGACAACGGAACCACGUGCUACAAGUGCUGCAAGGUCACCGACCCAUUUCAGCCUCAUUUUUGUCUUGACCAUCCGGACACAAACUUUGUCACUUUCCCCAUCACUACACCAUCUACUACACCAACAACGACACCGACAACAGUCACAACUACCCCGACGACGACGGCUACAACCACAACGCCGGCACCAACCACCACUUCAAAACCUAUGACAACAUCAACCAAAUGCGAAACAUGUUUAAGCGACAAUUGCACGAGCUCUGUGAUUAGCACGUGCGGUGCCGAUGAAGGUUAUUGCAUGAACACGAUCAUACAGCAUGGCAACGGCACGUCAACUAUAAAGAAAUCGUGUGCCAGUGAACUUGAAUGCUAUUAUGACGCCUAUGUUGCUAUGAAGGCCACCUCGGGAUGUGGUUCGCCCACCAGCAAAGCGGCAUGCCAUUACUGCUGCCAGCCAACACCAGGGUCCUCCUCGCCGUGUAACACAAGUCCAGUCCCACAGAACGUGAUCAACUUUGGCAACAACCAAGCCGCUACAGGGACAGUCUGUGAGGUUGGACGUGAUGGAGUCUACAGCAUGAAGACAUGUGAUGCCACAACUCCUUUAUGCAUGAACACGAUCAUACUGCAGACAAAUCUUACAGUUAUCAAGAAAACCUGUGAAUCCGAUAUUCUUUGCGAUCAAGAUUGGUGGACGCUUACAAGAGCCAGACCGGAGUGUAUGACGACAGAUACGGCGUCACUUCCGGUGCGUGAUCAAGGUCUCGUCUGCCACUACUGUUGUAAGUCAUCAAAUGGAAGCGCUUGUAACAAAGAAACUAUCCCUGCUGAUGUCAAAGAUAUAGUAUCAAGAGUCGAUGGUAACUGGUCUAUGUGGUCAUUGUGGCAAGGUUGCACGGCAGAUUGCAAGGGUAUCCGAGUACGCAUACGCACGUGCAGUAAUCCCUUCCCGGGCCCGAAUGGAAGACCGUGUAGUGGCCAUGGAUCUGAAACUGAAACAUGUGACUCGACAAACUGCAACAUAGCGGGCACUGGAUCACAGGCCAUUAUUGGAUAAGCCUACGGAUGAAUAUACACGGACUAGCUGAUUUCAAAUUUUAAGGUUUACUUACUUCAAAUGCAAGUCUUGUGUAAUGCCAAUGAAGUAAUAAAAUUGCAAUUUAUCAACCACCUCGACUGUCA